GCAUAAAUUAACUUCCGGUGUGUGUAACGGCCAUAUUGAAUAAUUUUCUUUGUGGAAGAAGGGAACGUUUUAGCGUUGGGAAAGGUCACCUCUUGGGUUUUUUGAAGAUGUGAAAGCUACUACACUUAGUAUUGUCUGGAAUUUUACACAAAUCCACUUUAUUUGGGGUGUUGGCUAGUAGUGAUCUACAACUAUGGCUUGCAUACACUUCAAGUUCAAGAACAGUCUGGAUUAUGACUCCAUUACUUUUGAUGGUCUCCACAUAGCCCUAAAAGACCUGAAGAGGAUGAUAAUGAGCAGGAAGAAGCUCAGGGAUACCGAUGAUGAUCUGCAGAUUAUAAAUGCUAUAACAAAAAAAGCAUACAGCAAUGAGGAAGAAAUGAUUCCCAAAAACUCCUCAGUAAUUGUUGCAAGGAUACCAGUCACUAAUGCUGCUCCCAGGAAUGGCCCAAAGACCCUCAAUCACCCAAAUGCCUAUAAGGAAGACCCCAAACCAGUCAGAAAACCAAUUGUGGAGGUCCCUGUAUCUAAGGCCCCAGAUUUAUUGGAGACUGGAAAUCUUGUUGAUGCCAAUGCUUCAGAGGAAGACAAGAUCAAGGCCAUGAUGAGACAGUCAACAAUGGACUUUGACCCUGCCAACUAUGUAAGUAAGAAGGCCCCUGUUGGAACUCCUUCAGCCACCUACAUUUGCAAGAAGUGUGGGAAGUCAGGCCACUUCAUUCAAAAUUGUCCAGUGGAACCAGGGGAGACAAUUGACAAGGAGAAGCUGGCCAAGAGACCUACAGGAAUUCCCCACUCCUUUCUGACUGUUGUAAAUGACCCUAAUGCCAAGGGAGCUUUGUUAAUAGGCCCUGGUCAAUACGGAGUGCCGACCAUUGACAUGAAUGCCUACAAGGAAAAGAAGAAGGAGCGUCCACCAUUCCUACCGGAGGAGAAGCUGCCUGAGCCAAAGAAGGAAGAAGUCCCUACGGAACUCCUCUGUCCUCUAUGUAAGGACCUAUUGACUGAUGCUGUAGUCAUUCAGUGCUGUGGAACGAGUUUCUGUGAUGAAUGUAUCAGAGAUUAUUUGUUGGACUCCGAAGAUCAUAUAUGUCCCCAGUGCCAUGAGAGUGACCAGUCACCAGACAGACUGAUAGCCAUUAAAAGUCUGAGGUCUGCAGUGACUAACUACCGAAAUGAAAGCGGUUACACAAAAGUUACAAAAGCAAUGUUGAAAGCUCAGCGAGAAAGGAGGGAGGCAGAAAAAGCAGUUUCCUCUGCUGCUGCUGCUCGGAAAAUGGAAGCAAAACAAGAAACCGUUAAACUUACAAGCUCAUCAGAUGCCCCAAUUACUCCACAAGCAAUUCCAACAUAUGGCAUGAAAGCUGGACAGCAUUAUAAAGUUGGUAGAUUUCAAGGAGGCCGAUCACCUGGAUCACCUGCAAACAUACCAACUAAGUCAAAUGAUUCCCAGAAUAACUCGGAGCAGCAGCUGACUGGGAGCAAGCCCUCCCUCAGAGUGACAGCCACUCCUAGUUCUGUCCCAGGUGGUUUGAGUCCACCUACUCCCUGCAAGGAUGAGAAAGAUAUACUUUUAUCGAAACUGCAAACACAGCCCACAAAUCUGACAUCACAGCCUCCCGUGUCCUCUACCCCUACACUGGUACCCUCCACCUCAGGUCCUAGUCAACCAGUCCAAUCAGCUGCAGUGACUGCCCAGAUCCCAUCUACAUCUCAACCAAUGGCAUCAAGACCACCUGUGAUUCCAGCAAGUUUCCCAACUGCCCCCAUACAAACUGUUGGUGCACCCUACAGACAACCAUUGCCUAUACUGAAUCCAGCUAUUCCACCACCUGGUUUUGUGGGACCUCCACCACCAGGACCAUUUGGUCCAGGGCCAAGAUUUGCCCCAGCACCUCCUGUGAUUCCUGCUUUCCAACCAGCUGCCCCUCCCUCCAUGCCUCUCAGUAAGGAGGAAUUCUACAGGCGACAGAAGAAAAUGCAGGAGCAGGUCAAGAAAAAAAAGGCUGAUCCCCUGGAUGUCUUUGCGAAGCAGUUCAUGGACUACAAGAAAAAACCAAAAUCUGCAUCUAGAUCCAGAUCCAAAUCUCGGUCAAGAUCACCAAGGCGAUCAAUUUCUCCUCGCAGGUCCAGAACCAGAUCAAAGUCUCGUAGUUUGACCCCCAGAAAAAGGUCUUAUACACCCAGAUCAAGGACAAGAUCUCGUUCCAGAUCUCUAAAUCGAUCAAGAUCACCUUUUGGCAAACGUCCUUUUCGAUCUAGAUCAAGGACAAGAUCACCUAGAUCAAGGACUCCAAGAUAUAGGUCAAGAUCUAGAUCAUUUUCUCCUAGAUACCGUUCAAGAUCCCCAAGACCAAGAUCAUUUUCUAGAAGUCCUCCAAGAUUCCGCUCCAGGUCAAGGACUCCACCACCAAGAUGGAGAUCUCGUUCACGCAGCCCAGGCAGAUACGACAGGUGGACUCCACCACCCUAUGGUCGCCGGAGGUCAAGGUCACCACCUCCAAUGUACAGAGGCAGGUCAAGGUCACCACCUCCAUAUGACUAUUACAGACCAGAAUGGGAAGGUCCACCACCCAUGUAUGGUGAUUAUAGAGGACCAAAAAGCCGGCCAGUUGGAAGAGGACCCCCACCACCCCCGUAUCCCUACCCACAUGAUCCAUACAACAGAUUUGAUCAGCAUGCCUAUGAUGAGUUCUACCAUGAGUUUUAUGCCAGAUAUGGAUUGCCUCCUCCUCCUCCUCCACCCAAUUCUGCCAUUUAUGAUGGUCCACCGUAUCCACCUCGAAGAUCUCGGUCCCCUAGAGACAGAAGACCAUACAAAGACAGGCCACCACCUCGCCCCAGGCAAGAAGACAAACCCAGCAAACCAGAUAAAAAGGCUCGUAAUAAAACAUCAGACAAGAAAUCGAACAAACCUAGCAGCAAAAAAGAGGAAGUAGGGAGCAAGAAAAAGAAGAAUGAGAAAUCUGCAAAUAAAGAAAAGGAUGUGGAAAGUAAGAAAGAGGAGAAAAAAGAAAAUGAUGAGGAGAAGAAGGAAGAAAGCAAGGACAGUCACUCAAAGAAACGGAAGAAGGGAUCUUCCAAGACCACAAAAAGGGAGCCAGCGGAGAUGGAUGUAAAAGCAAAAGAAGGAAAAAAAGAUGAAAAGGAAGAUGAGAGAAAAAUAGCUAGAUCAGAGGAUGAUGAAGUUAAAAAGAAUUUGAGCAAGAAAGAAAAUGUGGUGGAAAAGGUAAAAGAGAAGGAGGUACAGGAAAAGAAGGAGGUACAGGAAAAGAAUGUUAAAGCAGUAAAAAAAGAGAAAGAUGUAGUGGAUCAAAAAGAAGGUGAAGAGAAAUUCAAGUCAGAGAAAAAGAGUAGUAGUUCACUGAAGGACAGCAGCAAGGAGUUGGAGGGUAUGAAAUCUCCCAAAGAAGAGAUUAAAUCUCCAAAAGAGGAGGAGUCCGGAGACAGAGAAAAGAAGGUCAAGCGGAAGCAUAAGAAAGUAACAAAAGAAGUUGGAAAAGACAAAAAGCAGGUGGAGGAAAUGGAAGCAGAAGAGAGUCCUGCCAAACGCCAGAAGACGGAGGAGGAUGAAGAACAGAUAAUGCUCUCACCACCUACUCUGUCCAAGUGGGAGAAAGAUGACUAUCAUGAUGACAUAUCCCUUCACAGGAGCCGUAAACUGUCCCCAGACGCAAGACCAUCCAAACAUGAGCGCAAAAUGUUGCCAAGGUCUGUUAUUGAAAAAGCAGAGAAAGCCUUGGCCCAGAAACAACCUCAGCCUCUCUCAGUAGUCACAUCCAUUAAACCCUCAUCCAGCCUGGCUAAUAGGCUGGAGAAAUCUCCUCCCCCCAAACUCAGGUCGCCAGAGGCAAAAUCUCGCAGAGUUUUCAUGGAGAACCAGUCUAACAAGAAAGUGGAAGAGGACAGCAGAAAAGUUUUAAGUCGUGACAGGUCCAUGCAAAUCACUGUAUCAUCAGACGUUAAAACAAACACAAAGUCCAAAGACUCCAAGAAGGAGGUUAAAGACUUGAGGGAAUCUCUGAUGGAGAAGCGAAGAGCUUCUGUUAGAAGUUCCUCUACAGAGGAAUGGGAACAAAGUAAAGGCAAAGGAUUCAGUCAUGAUGAUAGAUUGGCAGUGAAUUAUUCCCGUGAGAAGGAUUGGGAUUAUGUAGACGACAACAAAAAUAAUGAUGGAUGGUUAACCAACAAGUUAAAAGGUUCUUCCAAGUCUUCAAAUUCUAAGACGCAUGAUAGGGACAAUAAUGAAGAAAGGAAGUCUCUUUCCAAGGAAAAAAUUGUGGAAAAAGGUCGGAGGAAGUCUAGAGAGGGUAAGGAAUCUCCAAAAAGGUCCAAGAAAGGGGAGGAAAAGAGUGCAAAGAAAUAUUCAAAAUCACAGGAGAAAAAGGAGGAAAAAAAGAAAAUUGGGGGUAAAAAUCCCAAGAAGGAAAGUUAUGAGAAAAUCACAGAAAAGGAUGAAGUGAGUAAUAUAGAGAGGGAUAGGACAGAAGCAUCGGAUGGUGUUAGAGACAAAUUAAAACUGAUACAAAGAGUGGACAGAAAGGAAUCGGUGAUGGAUGAAUCUACAUUUGUGCCUGAUUACAAUGAAGCCAUGGGAAGUGAAUCAGAGGAGGAGGUGUCCAAACAGGAAAUGAAGAGACAAUAUUCCACAGCAGAGAGUGAGAAAGUAGAGAGUGAGAGUGAGGAAGAAACCUCGGGGGAAGAGAGGGAGAAGAAGCUGAAAAAGAAAAAGAACAAACAUAAAAAACAUAAAAAGAACAAAAAGAAACACAAGAAAAAGCAUAAGAAGCAGAACAAUGAGGACGAAUCUUCAUAACCAAAGAACAGUGUGUGUCGUUUCAGGAUGUUUGUUUUGAUGGAAAUUAAUAAACUUUUGUGUGUGAACAAUCAUGUCAUCAGUGAGGGCAUUAAGUGGUAAUUUGCAUGUACUCUAGGUCUUUCCAGUCACAUUGUGUGUUAUAAAACAGUAACCUCACUGUGAGUAAUAUCAGCAACAUUGUAAGGGCAGGUGAAGGUUGUUUUUGUGUUCACUGCUUAUUCUUAAUGAAGUGGUACUUAUAUUAUACAUUACAUCUUGAUGGGGGUUUUUUUUUAUGAAGAAGAGGAUUGUGUUGUUAUAAUUUAAGUGAUGCAUAAGAUACACCUCUUUGAAAGGAGCGCGAUGUUGAUAUGUUAUCUAAUCAUGGAGUUUUCAAUGGCAGAGAAAAGUGAACAUGCCAUUAGUGUUAUUACUAUUUAUUACAAAUGUGUUCAAAAAUACAUCACAUUUUUUAAAAAGGCAGUGCUUCUCUCCAUUUUCAAAUUAUGACGGUUUAUUUUCAAUUUGUGAUUAUGUUUUUUAAAAGCAAUUACAAAUUCUUAAUUAUUUCUGGGAAAAGUCUAGAUGACUGAAAAAAAAAUUAUCCUUUUAUUUCAUGUGUAAUUCACUGUACAAUCUGAUAGUGAUUAUAAAAUCACUUUUAAUUGUUUAUACUACAUGUAAUAUGUACUCACCAUGAAGUGAAUAAAUGCAAUGAGUAAAUA